ACAUGACUCAAGAGCAAGACUUGUUGGUCUAUGUGCAAACACACACCAGGAAGUGAAGUGAUCCCACACUUCAGAUGAUGCUGGAAAAGUGUGUGCUCCUGGGCCUCUGUGGCCUGGUGUCCUGCUACAUCACCUGUCCUGGUGGACACAUGAGGUGUAAUGACCAGGCCACAUGCUGCCUCACUGAGGGAGGAUACAGAUGCUGCCCUUAUCCAGAUGGGGUCUGCUGUGCUGACCGGACCCACUGCUGCCCAGAGGGAUACCAGUGUAACCUGGAGACCCACAUGUGUGAGAGGGACUUAGAGAGGAGGCCAAUGCUGCGCACAGGGAUGGAUCAGACAGACAGAGCACCCGCUGUGGUGUACUGUGAUAACUACUUCACGUGUCCCAACGGCUACACUUGCUGCAGACAUCCACAUGGCGGAUGGACGUGCUGCCCAUACUCUCCAGCCCGCUGCUGUCUGGAUGGGUACCAUUGCUGUCCAUAUGGCUAUGACUGUGAUUACACUUACACCCACUGCAUCAGACGGGGCGUGCCCUACCCCUUUGGCUCCCCCAGCCUGUUGCCAGUACCUGCAGACAAGACUACCACUACCUUGGAGUCUGCUCUUCAUGGAGUCAUCCGCUGUGAUUCGUCCUUUUACUGUUCCAAAGGCUCCUCUUGCUGCAAGGGCCCCACAGGGCAGUGGAGGUGCUGCCCCUACCCACUGGCCAGCUGCUGUGCUGACGGGACCCAUUGCUGUCAGUAUGGCUACACGUGUGACCCGGACUCCCAGGUGUGCAGAAGUGGGCUCUUCACACAAUGAAGAGACCAGGCAUUUUCACUUUUAUACAGCAGAAUCAAUAUAUGGCUAAUACGCCCUGACCAAAAUUGAAAUAAACCAAUCACCCACUUUCUAUAGUUACUGAUUCAUGUCACAUUAGCAACGCAACUUCAGUUUUGUUCAUUUGUUCACUUUUAACCUGUUUGACACAACUGUAUUAUUUAGUUAGAUUUUAUUUCUGUUUUACAAAUAAUUACAGAUCUUUUCAUGCCAGAGAAUGUGACUGUAACGUUAAACCAGUUUCCACAAAAGCACUGAUCAUGCACUUCAAAGUGAUAAAAAUGGGAUUGGCAAAAUAACAUUGGUUGGUAAUGAGAUAGAAAAGAAUAAACGUUAUCUUGGAAAUGUAAAAUCUAAAUAAAUGAAUAAAUGUGAUUGGUUUUCAGUGUGGGUCCAUGUGGUAUGUCCGGCCGUAAAGAACAGCCGUGAUGAGGCCUGCUCUCAUAUGAGAGUGUGCAAUGGUCACAGUCCCAUGUGCCGAGGUGUGGAGGAGCGUCGGCUGCUCCAGAGUGUACUGACUGGACAGAACAGAUGGGUACACAUGUUUAGUAUUAAAUGUUCCCUCCAACACAAAGUCCAUUUUAGUUUGUGCCUCCACCACCUCCUGUCCACAUGAAUGGGCAUCAGCUCCAGCACAUUUCACCAGAGCACAAACCUGCAGACGAGUACAAAACAAAUACAACAGUAAACAUAAUGACUAAUAAAUACCCUGAACCACACCAUACAGGACGGCUGAUGUCACCACAAGCUGCUUAAGCUCCUCAAGAGUGGCCCCUUCACUGCAACAGACCCAGUGGUGUGCCCAGACUUUUUUCACUGGGGUGACACCAGGGCUGGCCCAAUUCUUUAAGGUGAUAAUUUUUAGAAUUUAUUUUAAAAAAGGAAUUAAAAUAUGUCUAUUUAUUAACCAAAAAUGUUUAUUUUAUUGCUUGUUUGGAAAACACCACACAGUACGGGAAGGUACGCUGUUUUCAAAAUGUAUGUAGUCCACGCAUGCUAAUUACAUUCUACGUCCUUUUUUUCAUAUAUGGAGAACAUGAUGGGCAUCCUAAUUAUUCACUGUAAUGAGUUUGUAAGCACUUUUCACAACUUACAGAGGCCAGUGCAGAGUUUUGUCAUCAUGGAUGUGCUAACAACAACGGUUAAUCAUGCACUUCCUGAUUCCUCAAGAGCCGCUUACACAAUAUAUCUGUACUGGGGCAAGACAAAUUUUGCUCAUAUACAUGGGGAAAAAAUCUGAUACAGCACAGGCCCUUUAAUUGUCGUUUCUUCUGUGUACAAAGAAUACAUGUUUAUGCUUUGCUACAUUUAUCACAUAGGAAUGAUAUUGAAGUAAUAAGAAUAAUACAUUUAACUGUUAAAUAUGCAGAAAUUGUAAAAGCAUUAGUCCAUGUAAUAUUAGGACCUCUGAGUGAAUGUGUUAAUGAGGAGGUGGUGACACUUAAAAUCAUUAUUUUGAUGUGAAAACGUAUAUGUUUUAUUUCCCACUCUGAUCUGAUGAAGUUGUUCAUGGUGUGAUGGCAUUUUUUAAAAUAAUAAACAGUGACCCACCUGCA